AUGAGGACAAAUGUACCACAGUAUUUCUCUUACAUGUAUGGUACUGAAUAUGAAGCUGUUAAUAAUAUAAUUUCAGGAAAGCAUAAUCACAAUGUUCCUUGUGCAGUAUGUUAUACAUCUACUAAGAGUGUUAAACUGAUGAUUCCUGCUAGAACCAGCUGUCCUUCAUCGUGGACUACAGAAUAUAAAGGAUAUCUUAUGACAAAUUACUAUGAUUAUAAAAGCAAUAAAGUCUAUGAGUGUGUUGAUGAAAAUCCUGAAUCUAUUGAUGGCAGUGAGGGUAAUGAUGAUGGUGCUCUGAUCUAUUUCACAGUAUCAACCUGUAAUGGUCUACCUUGUCCACCUUAUGUUAGCAAUAGAGUUAUUACUUGUGUUGUGUGUACUAAGUAA